UCUUUGGUCUUUUUGCUUCAACAGGUUGGCUGGUGUCCUUUCUGAUAAGCUUCUGUAUAUCUUUCCCUGCACUGGAAUAAAAGUAUGCGAGCAACAGGUGUGCUGCGGAUAGUGGUGCUGCUGUUUACCAUAGCUGCAACCUGGCUUUUUGCCAGCACCUAUUUCAGCAACACAGGCAUGAAAUCAAUCAAUGUGAAGAAAUGGCUGAGGACCUAUAUUGAACCAACAAAAACACCAACAAUCCAAAAUAAAUGCCACAGCAGAAGACUUUGUCCUGAACACACUUUUACGUUCAGAAUAGCCAGUGGUGCAGCAAAUGUUGUUGGCCCUUCCAUAUGCUUUGAUGACAUUGUAUUGAUGAGCAAUGUGAAAAAUAAUGUCGGUCGGGGUUUGAACAUUGUACUUAUUAAUGGAACCACAGGAAAACCCAUCGGUAUAGAUAGCUUUGACAUGUAUUCUGGAGAUGUAAAAAAUUUACUGGCUUUUUUGAAACCAAUUAAAAAAGGCACCCUUGCGCUCAUUGCCUCUUACGAUGACGUAGCGACAAAGCUAAAUGAUGAAGCCCGGAAUUUACUUGCUGACUUAGGAAGCAUCCAUGCUUUCCACCUGGCUUUUCGAGACAGCUGGAUAUUCCUUGGUGGGAAGGGACUCAAAAACAAAAGCCCGUUCGAACAGUAUUUGAAAAACAGUAAGGAGACAAACAAGUAUGAUGGCUGGCCUGAAGUUCUGGAAAUGGAGGGCUGUGUGCCUAAGAAGCUAGAGUAGCAUAGAACUAAAUUUGGAGCGAGAACAAACUGUGGUCUUAUCAAACAGACUUUUUAUUUUG